AUGAACACAGAAAAUGGUUCCCUGGAGGAGACACCUACAUGGGCUAUUUCAAUCGUCUGUUUGGUCCUCAUCCUUCUCUCUUUGCUCAUUGAGGGUGCACUCCACCUUCUAACCGAGUUUCUCAAGAGAACAAAGAGGAAGUCUCUAAAUCGGGCACUCCAAAAGAUCAAAACAGAAUUAAUAAUAUUGGGUUUCGUAUCAUUGCUUCUGACGAUUACGGAAGUGCAAAUAUCCAAGAUAUGCGUGACAAAGGCUUUGGCGAACUCUUUUCUUCCAUGUGAAGUAGAAGUAGAAGUAGAAGAACAAGAAUACUCCUCUGUUGUCCCUCAACAAGAAGCAGAACUAACCUCCAAACCACUAGCUGCUACUCAAAGUAUAGAGGAAUCCUCUUGUGCAGCAAAGGGGAUGGUGUCACUGAUGUCAAGGGAAGGUGUACGGCAAUUACAAAUCUUCAUCUUUACGCUGGCGGUGUUCCAUGUCCUAUAUGGUGUUCUAAUCAUGUCUCUUGGGAUAGCUAAGAUGAGAAAGUGGAAAACAUGGGAAGAAGAAACGAAAACCCUAGACUAUCAAAUCGCUAACGACCCAAAGAGAUUCAGGUUCACCCGUCAGACAUCAUUUGGAAGGCGCCAUCUAAAAUGCUGGAGCCAAUACCCUCUUCUGCUUUGGCCUGUCUGUUUCUUUCGACAAUUCAGUGGUUCCAUUGCCAAAGCUGAUUACUUCACUCUUCGCAAUGGGUUCAUAAUGGCCCACUUUGCUGAAGGCAGUGACUUCAACUUCCAAAAGUUCCUCAGCAGAGCCUUUGAUGAUGAUUUUGAGCAUGUGGUGGGAAUCAGCCUUUGGAUCUGGAUCUUCUCUGUACUAUUCAUUUUCUUUCAUGCACAUGGUUUCUAUGACUAUUUCUGGCUACCUUUUAUUCCUUUAAUGAUGGUUCUGGUUGUGGGGACAAAGUUGGAAGUAAUUAUAACAAAAAUGUGUUUGGAGAGUCAGAACAAGUCCCCAGUGGUACAAGGAACUUUGCUUGUGAAGCCCAACAAUGAUCUCUUCUGGUUUGGCCGACCGCAGUGGCUUCUCCAUCUCAUCCAUUUCAUCCUAUUCCAGAACUCAUUUCAGUUGGCAUUCUUCACCUGGGCUUGGUAUGAAUAUGGUUUGAGAUCUUGCUUCCAUCGGGAGAUAGAGAGCAUCGCCAUCCAAAUUACCAUGGGUUUGAUCGUCCAGUUCCUCUGUGGGUAUAUGAUACUCCCUCUUUACGCACUUGUAACACAGAUGGGCUCGGGAAUGAAGGAAGCAAUAUUCACAGCACGUAUUGCAAAGGGUCUAAAACAAUGGCACAACCUUGCACGGCAGAAUCUGUCUAAAAGCAGAUCCAUUUCACCCAGACAUUCAUCAGAAACCCGGCUAACUGAAACCAUUGAAACUUCAGUUUCUGAUUUACAAGAAUUAGAUAUUGCCGAGCGUGUUGCCAAGGGCCUCAGGCAGUGGCACAAUCUGGCAAGGUGGAAUCUAUCAAGAAAAAAAUCCACUUCAACUAGACAUCCAUUAGAUACCUGGACUACUGAUGCCAAAUAUUCUUUUCGUGAUUUGAAAGAAUUAGAUAAUCGAGAGGAUGGACAGUUUCCAUCUUGUCCAGUCAUGAACACCUGUUCUAGCUUAGAAACCACUGAAGAGAAAGAGAAACAACACCACAUAGAUCACGCGGUUGAAAUCUCUUCUGCCCCUGAAAUCAUUGAAGAGGCUACACAGGAGAAACUCAUCAGACGAGGGAAUUAUGGAGAGAUCUCUUUCGCAGCCUCUUGGAAAGACCUGAUGAGCACGAAAGGACACACAGAAAUCACUUCAGUGCACGAUGGAGCUUCCCCAAUUGCAGUCAUGAGCUGUCCUAACCCAGAAAUCACUAAGAGGGAGUGCAGCACCACCAUAUUGCCAUAG